AUGGAACCUUUUUCAAGAUCAGACAAAAAGCAAUCUCCAAAAGCGAGGAACAGAUGCAGAUUUUCUAUCGGUAUCAGACAGGAAACAACCAGAAGCAACAAUAAAACCCUAGAAAGCCUCGACAGAAAUGUCAAGAAAAUCCAUAAGAGAAAUAUAGGAAAAACAUGUUACAGCGACAAGCAAAUACAAGACCACGAAAAGGUUCAAACUUUCAAACAUGCAAAAUCAAAACUUCACCAAAAAACUGAAGACGAAGCUACGAAAGAAGCAAGAAAGCUAGUACCAACCUGGAAAGAGCAGCGAGCUUCAAAGAAACUGAAGAUGGAAGACAAAAUCUGGGAAUGCCUUCUCACAAGCAAAAGAAAGAACGCGAACAAGAGCAAUGUCGCAGGGAGAAACGCAAAACUCCAGGCUCCAAAAAUGCCAAACGACGCCGCAACGCAAAGAAAGCAGAAGCGCAAACAAAAACAGAGAGCGGAGAGAGCGGAGAAAAGAAGUUACGAAAAGGAUAAAAGGAGAGAAACCGUUUCUGGGUUUUCAAAAUCGAAAUAA